AUGAGUGCAACACUCGCUCGAAAACCUCUCCAAGACAUUUCUAAUAAGGUACAUCAUCAUCGACAGAACAUGGUCGUUCAAAGUGUGGAAGAUCGAAAGAGAAACGCUCAACACUCUGCAAAAAAGACGGCAAACGAAGACGACGAACCUGUAGCCUUCAAUACACCAGGAUCUUUGGGAUCAUUAGCCUCCGAGCUGGAGGAGCUUGCCGAUUUAAAUGAGUUUUAUGAGGACGUAUCAUUUGAAUUGAAUGACAAGAUGAGCAAAUCGUUAGAAAAGGAAAUGGAAAAGAAUGCCAAACUGGAGUUACAAUCAGAAAGGGACAGAAAACAAAUCGCCGAGUUAGUUUCUGAAAACAAGGCUUUGAAUUCCGCCAUCGAACAGUUAAAACAGAAAGCUGUCAGCAAAAGUGAGUCAGAAUUAAGAAAUCAAUUGAAGACUCUGAAUGAUAAAAUAGGUAAACUUGAAAAGCGACUUGAAGUUGAGACUCAACAGAAAGAAAAGCUCAACGCCUUACUUAUUAAGAAAGAAAGCGAAAAGGCAAAAUCUGCUUCGGCUGUUGAAGAUACCACUGCCAAGCUAACCAAGAAAUUUCAGGAACAAAUCGCCCUGAAGGAUGAAAAGAUAGAGAGGUUGACGAAAGAUAUGGAAAAAGAAAGAAAAACGAAACAAGAAUUCGAGGUUAAAAUUUCUGAAUUACAAAAACACGCAGAAGACGUUAAGCUUAAAUAUAUGAGUACGUGCGAAGAGCUUGAAACGUCGAACAAGUUGGUCGAGAUUUUGGAUGCCAAGCUGAAAAUUUCCAAUGAUCGAUGCAAAGACUUGGAGGAGCAACGAAAACAAGGCGAGCUAAAACGUGAAGAGGAAAGUUCAGAGCUUCUUGCGUUACGGGAAGAAAUGAGCAAUCUUUGUGAGUCAGUGUUGAAAGAAAAAUUGGAUAGCGAAAAGAAGUCACAAGAAAUUUCCAAGCUUACAUCAUUGCAAGAAAAAUUGGUAUCAGAAAACGGAAAGCUUUCUCAAGAUCUCCGAACAUUGGAAUCAGAGAACUCAGAACUGAAAAAUUUGGUCGAAAAGUUGGAACAUCAAAUCGAUGAGAUGGGUAACGAAAUUGAUAAUUCCUCCAAAGAGUUCCAGGAGAUUAAGGACUCAUUUGCAAAACGGUUAGAGGAAUUGGAGCAACAAGUGAGUGAGAAAGAAGCCGAAGUGAACGAAAUGAGGCAAAAGGAGGAAAGAACAAUGGGUCAACUUAAAGAGUUGGACAUAUUUGUAGAGCGUACAAAGAAAAAGAUUGAAAAGGAAAGAGAGAAAACAAGGGAGGCUGAAGAAAGGGCAAACUCAGAAGCUGGAAAAGCCAUCCAAAUGAUAAACAGGAAUAACUCAUUGCUUAAGAAGUUAGAUUCGCUGACAAAGAGUAAUUACGAAAUGGCAGAUGAAAUUAAAGACAAGGAGGAUUUACUUGUUCGGUUUAAGAAUUACACCGAAGAGGUCGAAGCUUCGUUAUCAAAGAAAGAACGAGAACUUGAAGAAACAGUUCAAAGAUUUAAUGCCACUCACGAAGAGCUGCAAAAGGAAAAGGCAAAAACCGAAAGAACAUGGAAGGAAUUAGAAGAGUCUGUAAAGUUGCUUAACCAAUUACAAAACGAGAAGGAAAGUUUAGAGAAGAAGAGUUCACACGCAAGGGAAGUUUUGGAAAUGAAGCUUACAAACAAACUCUCCAUGCUAGAAAAGAAGUGUGACUACCUCAGAAAGCUAAAUGAGAUGAACGCACAACCAGAAUCAGACCAGGUCAAUGAAUUGAAGCAAUUGAUAGAAAAAUUGUCGAAAGAAAACGAUAAGCUUUCUGAAAGAGCAACUGAUUUGGAAAUUUCAAUGUCCACUAAGGAGUGCGAACUGUUAAAGCACUUGGAAAAGAUACGUCAACUUGAAGAUUUAUUGAACAAUCAAGCAAAUAUGCAAUCAGCUUCCUUGAAGCCAAAUGAUCUGAAGAAGCGUUUAAUCAGUGUGGAAAAGUCCUUAGAUGAAAUUCUGAUUGAGCUUUCCAUUGAAGGUAUCACCAUUAGUCAGUUGUCUCCUCGAGAAAAGGCUGUAAUAAUUUUAGAGAAGUUUAAUGAUCUCAAGAAGGAGUGUUCGGCGUUGUUAAGCGUAAGAGACCAACAACAGGCCGAGGUUCAACGAUUGAAAGAAUCGAAGGAAAAGACAGAGAAACAAAUGAUGAUGUUGAAAGAUUCUCUAACUUCGGAAGUUUUGGAGAGGAAUGAAGAGUGUGUCAAGGACUUGCAAGAAAGUUGUGAGAAUCUUUACAAGAAAAUUAACAUGGUUCUCGAAGAAAAGGAGUUUUCAAAUUCUACAGAAUCCCAUGUCGAUUCCAAGCUUUUGGAUGAGUUAGUAGAGCUUGUCAUUUCGAUUCAAGUGAAUAUGAAGAAAGUUAAAGUACACUUCAAUCAAGUGGAUACUCUUCAAAGAGUCAUUGAAACACAAGAUGUUUUCAACAAGGAUUUUGUUCUUUUAUGUGGAGAACUCGAGAACAGAGUCAGAUCCUUGGUCGAGGAACGAGAUACCUUAAUUACUGCUCAAAUUCAGCAAAAGGAUAAGGCCAUUUCAUCUACUGUGAAAAAGAAGCUCGAAAAACUAAUAUACAAGCAUGUCGUUGUUCAGACAGAACCCUCUUCCGUGGAAGAACAAGAAAUUCAAACAUGUCAAGAAAUGGAUGAAGCAGAAAGAGAGAACCAUUCCAAUUUCAACAACAACUCCACUCUCUACCAAGAACAUGAAUCUUUGAAACAAAAGUAUCAAAAAUUAUUAGGCACUUGUCACAAAUACAAGAAACUCAUGCUCAAAUUUACCCAAUUGCAUGCCAAGGAGAAGAAUCGAGAAAAUUUGAAUCCAGAGAACCAUCGUCUUGAACCUAUGAAUUUAUCCAACUGUUCCCAUCACACAGAAGUUGAUUCAAUGACGCCAACUCAUUCUGAAAAUCAUCACUUGUUGCAAGAUCAAAUUCCACUCAUUCAUGCUUCUCUCCACAAACCUCAAAUUUCCUUAAAAUCAUCCUCACCCUCUCUCACUUCCUCUCAUUUGGAUCAUUCCAUGACAGAAACAGGUCGAUCCAGUCCUGCUCAUUCCGUAAAUUCGGUUCGAUCAGUUUCUACCACUCUCAGCAUGGCAAGUAGUGAAAGAAGUAGUUCCUUGUCAACGAUUUCUGCUAAAAUCAAAAAGAAUGUUGCAGCAGUCAAAUCGAAUUCCUAUCUUUCUAGUCACAUGAUGAUGAACAAGAACAAGGUCAAAUAA